AUGGUCAGUCCUUGGCCAUUCGCCCAGUGGGGACUUGACCUCAUUGGACCUAUGCCCGAGGGAAAGGGCCAAGUCAAGUACCCAAUCGUGGCCGUCGACUACUUCACUAAGUGGGCUGAAGCUGAGGGCCUAGCCACCAUCAUUGCGGCUCACAUUGAGACGUUCAUCUGGAAAAAUAUCGUGUGCCGCUUCGGCAUCUCCAACGCCAUUGUCACGGACAACGGCCGGCAAUUUGACAACGCAAAAUUUAGGCAGUUUUGUUCCAACCUCAAGAUUAAACUUUGCUUCGCUUCCCCAGCCCAUCCUCAGUCUAAUGGACAGGUCGAAGCCGUGAACAAAAUAAUCAAGAAGACCCUGAAGACCAAACUUGACAAAGCCAAGGGUUGCUGGCCAGAGCUACUUCCAGAAGUUCUUUGGGCCUACCGCACCACCUUCCGUACUUCAAUGGGAGAAACACCGUUCUCUCUUUCCUUUGGUACCGAAGCUGUGGCACCAGUGGAGAUUGGCCAGCCACAUACCGAACCUCCACUUAUGAGGCCGAGGCCAAUAACGAGCAGUUGA